AUGGAUCUUACGUGUCUAAAAUGUGAAAAAGUUUUGCGCGAGGGAACUGCGGGGGAAUCGCCUCUUUGCAUUCAAAAAAGCGUCCGCACUGAAGGCCAUGCGGACAUCCACGCUGACUCAGGAAAUGCGUUUUUUCUCGAUUCCAAGGGCGUAAUCUCGACGGAAACUUGCGCUAAAUUGACGAUGGAGGCAAUGGAAAGUGCACAGGUGUCUCGGUGCUGCGUAUGCGAUGGUAUGUACCACACGCCGUGUCUGUUAGAGCUGGGAGAUGCUCAGGAACUUAAAGAAGUAGGGCUUGGACCCCGUUUUACGUGCGUAAAUUGCCGGUCGCAGAUGGAUACACGUCGCACAAAGGGAGUGAGAACAACGGAUGAAGCGAUACAGCCGAUUUUGGUGCCGACGCUGGCCUUCCCGUACGUCAGAAGGUCCGAGAAGGCUGAUAAAGCAGAAAAGAUGACUAUCACAAAUGGAAUGUUGAUGGAUGAUGACGACAAUGACAAUCAAGUGAUGGGAAAGAGUGAUGAUCACGGUUGGAGAGUGUUUACUACUGCAGUGGAAGUAUGUACGACGUGCAGACAGGUACUGAUUGCGACGGAAGAAAAGGUCAGUUGCCUACAGUGUCAUGAUUCUCAACUGCAUCACCGCUGUGUAGAGCGCCACCAAGCGGAACAAGGAACAGGAGCGAAGAAGAAGAAAACGUAUCGUAGACGGGGCAGGAAGAGACGCCGGGUAUCGUCGACAGCCUCGCUAGAUUGGUGUGCUCCGUGUAUGUUGAAGAAUCGCAAGCAGAUGAAGCAACUGAUGGAUGGAUCCAUUGAGAUGCGCACGAUCGCAAUGCUCGUGAAUGACCGGGAUAGACAACCCGACGAAGACGUGGAGUGGUGGACGGAAUGCAGAGUGUGCAAGGGGCUGUUUUGCCUACAGGACUUCUGCGAUCCACAAGAAAAUGAUAGGAACCUGGACGAGGUUCUGCAGAACGCACUGCUGGACGACGAACUAGGGGUGGAGUGGUGUUGUGGGCAUUGCGCUUCAUUCGCCAAUGCAUUAGAAGUGAAUGAACUCGUGACGGUGGUGAUAUGUGAUGGUUGCAACGAAGAAUUCGAAAUGGCAGCAUUGAGCCCUCCUCUUGUAGAGGUUCCUGAGGGUGACUGGUUUUGUUCUGCUUGCACUGACAAUGCAGGUCCACCGUCGUAUGUAGCAGCUCAGGGAAAGAGCUCCCAAGAAUUGGUGACGGUGUUGGUUUGUAGUGGAUGCGACAGGAAGUUUAAUAUGGCUAGUGUAUACCCAUCACUACAAAAUAUUCCAGAAGGCGACUGGUUUUGCAGCUCUUGUGUCUCCAAGGCGAAUGAUGCUGAUUCUAACGCAGCUGAUAACUCGGCUGUCCCACUUGCUUCUGUGGUGCUACUCAUUUGCGAUAUGUGUGACGGUGAAUUUGAUAUGAAGACGCUGAAUCCGCCGCUAACCGAUGUGCCAAGUGGUGACUGGUUCUGUCCAACAUGCACUUCCACGCAGAAUUUUCGGGAUCAGGUCAAGAACUACCGCAUGAAGGCAAAGGGUGGCAUACCUGAUCGUCGUCGUGCAAACUUGCAGUAUACUGCGACCAUAACACAUCCUGAAUGUUUGUCCGAAAAAGAAACGGUUGUGACAGUCUUGAUUUGUGACGGUUGUGACCAUGAGUUCGACCCGUCAACUUUGUAUCCUCCAUUGUUCAAAAUCCCAAAAGGCGAGUGGUUUUGUCCCGCCUGCAGUGAUGUCCGUGCGGCUGCAUCGGCUGCUUUACAGACGUGCGUGGGUUGCGAUACCAAAUUUCACGUGGGUAAUUGUGUGGUCGAUCGGCUGCAGCACCCAAGCGGAACCGUGGACGGUGUGAUGCUCUGUGAAGCUUGCCGCACCUUGCAAGCUGGAUACUCGCGUAGGCGGUCAGUAUCUACCGUGAGAUGCGAACCAAAGGUUCUUUUACCGACAACAGUCGGCAAAAAGCGAAAUCGAGUAGGUGAAGCGAGUAACGGGCAAGACAAUUCCAAGAAACCGAAGACGAAUCUUAGUGGUCCGCCUGUGACCGACGGUAACUCGGUCGUGAUUCAGGCUAUUGGUAGCCACACGACAAACAAUGCAUCUAUUGAUGGCAGUACAGGUCCACCUCUUCUCAUUCCAAAGCCAAUCACUAUGGUAGUAUCUUCUGCUGAACUGCGACGUGAGUUUGACGGAAAAAAGGCCAUUAGUGGAUGGAGCUUUACUGAACCGACCGUAGUCGUUGCAGACUCGAACGACGACUACUUUACCAAAAGCUUUGAUGACGUCGAAGAAAGCGAUAUCUUUAUCAUUUGUGAUGUCUGCUUUGGAGAAUUCAAGAUAUCGGACGUGAUAGGUACUGACGACGCUAACGCUGUCCCUGCUCGACCGUGGUUUUGCAAGUCUUGCCUCAGGGCUUUUAAGCGCAGCAGAAAGAAGAGACCGCGAUUUUCGAAGCAAAUGGUGACGGAGAUGCAAGUUUAUGGUCGUCUUUUACGUGCCACAUCUGCAAAAGUUUUUGAACUGGACGCUGUAACUCGAUUUGGAAACCCGCCAAACUCUCGUGAAGAACGGCGCAAAAUGUACGAGUUUAUCGGAAAAAGUGUGGGUGUUUUUCUGCAGUGGCAUAAGCAGUGGGUGAUGGGGCGUGUGAUGGCUUUCCAUGCUACACAUCCCAGAAUGCACCAUACCGUCCGCUUUGACGAUGGUGUGGUGGCAUCGCUGCCGCUAUACGCUUUUCCAAUGGUCAUUGGGACGCGCGUUAUGAUUUACGUUAAAGUACCAGCGUUGCAAAACCGGUGGUGGCCUGCCCAAGUCUUGCGCCUUAAUGCCCUUGCGCGGAAGCUGCUACUGCCGAUUCACGAUGAAGAAAUUGGACCCCACGCGAAUUUUAGGCUCGUUCGAAUAUUUACUAAUAGCGGUGGGCAGAGAGAGACUAUACAGUACAUCUCCUGUUGGGUCCCCAAAUAUCUCUGUCGAAGCAUGAAGCGGUUUGUACCGCCUCCUUUAGAGGAUCCAGCAACAACGAAAACGAUGGGGGAAGUGAAAGACAUGUUUUCACAAUCGGUGGAAAGAGUCCGAUACGAGGUACACUCCGAGAAGGCGCUUUUGGACCGCGUCUUUCAAGCAUUGCUAGCCGGGUUUCGACGAGCCUCAGCAACCUCAGCGCCACCAGUUCUACGUAAACCCAUGAAAAGGAGUAAACGAGCGCUUGGACACGCAGCAUUUAGUGAACGUUGCGCCCAAAUUGCCGAGGCAAUGGUGGGCAAAACCAUUAAGGUCACGUCGGUGGGCUCAUGCGAACUAUCACCAGGAGCAUUCGUGGUGAAAAAGUUUGAUGGAGAUUUGAACAAGCAUAUUAUUACACCUCGCAGUGAAGUAAAUGGCGUGAAUGAUUCUGAUUCUGAUACUGAGGUCAAAGUCGAUCUGCUUCGAUGUUCUGAUGGUGUUGUGUACCAUUUUGAAGAUGCAAGCGCGUUUAGUGAACUGGCGAUUAUGCUCGAAUUAACUGGAUCCGACGUGAGUGGAGGCAUCCCAGGAGAGUUUCACUCUAAAGAGCUCCUCGAAAAAGCCAUAAUUCGAGAAACUGGCGUGCUCCGAAAUAACGCAAAUUUAGCAACUACAAGUUGGAAGGGUGAGGAAGACCUUAAGACAAAUACGUGCAGUUAUUGCUUGCUUGCCCCAGACGAAUGCCAGACGGAUAUUGAUACGCACGAUGCAGUACGCGAUCUAAAACAGAUGGAGAAAUUGAUAGCUUGCUCGAAGUGUGAUCGACGGUUUCACGUAACCUGCUGUGAUCCGCCGCAUGCUCCGAUCUCGCUUAUAAAUCCAGAGGACGGAGAGGUGCUUGUGGUGGAUUUGAAGAUACCGUAUGUUUGCAGCGCCUGUGUAGUAUGCCCAGGGUGUCAUCGUCGGAAGGAUGAUUUCAUUUCUGACCGAACUAAGCCAAUUAUUUCUAGUGAUGAUAUCAAGAGAGUUGGUGAAGAUUGCGAUCCACGAUGGUCACAGUGGCGACUACCACUGCAGGCUGCUGCGCUCUGCACUAAGUGUGUUCCUUACUACAAAGCCAAUCGAUUUUGCGGCGUUUGUAAUCUUGUCCUGGACGAUGAGCAACUAACAACCAGUAUGGAUUUGCUAAUAUGUUCGACAUGUCAUCACUGGACUCACGCUGACUGCGAGCCGGACCCACACCCAGCUUUUCACACUGUCAACGGCACCAGCGGCUUUACACUAGAUGUCAUCGUGGAUGCACCAAAAGAUCUAUCGAAUCCAUCCAAAGCUGUUAUUAACUCGAGGGAAAAUUCUACUGCAGCAUUAGCAAGUCGUGAGGCCGACACUGAAUCGAUCUCGAGUUUGAGAACUCCGGUGGAAAGCUGUAGCACUGCAGAGGAGCAUAAGAUGCUAUCCAGCGCCAAAGUGUUUGCACGUAGGGACGACGGAGUCAUCAAGACUGCCAAACAGGUUGAAGAAGACUUUGCUUGUUCCCUUCGGUUUAAACCUAUGUAUGAUCCGAAGGUGUUGCAUAAUUAUGAGUGUCAUACGUGCCGCAAAGUUCGUAUGCUGCACAUUCUCUAUCGUCUGGGGGUCGAAGACAAGUUGGACCUGUUUAAAGAACCUGUAACCGAGGCAAUUGCGCCUUCGUAUUCCGACAUAAUCAAGUUGCCUAUGGAUCUUAGUACAAUGCAGCAGAAGAUCCUAGACGAGAAGUACACAAAUGUUAACUUCCGCAGUUUUCGGGAUGACUUUGAGCUGAUGUGCCUGAACGCGGUGACUUUUAAUUCUAAGGAGCGCGACUUCCUGAUUUGGCGUGAGGCUUGGCGGUUUUACGGGCAAGGACAGAAAAUAUUCAGGCAAACAGCACCCAAAGCACGAAUAAAGCAGCGUGGAGGACGCCACUAUGACGCCCUGUUAGUCGCGGCGAAGCGACAGCUACCGAACAAUUCAGCACUUGCGGGCAAACCCCAGUCUACUGGCAAUUUAAUCGAGAAUAACGAAGAUGGCAACGAUAAUGAGGACGAUGAUGAACUUGACGAUGAUGAAGACGAUGAUAAUGGCUCCGAUGCGGGAUCUGACGUGUGUAGCCGAGGAGCUGGAACUCAAGAACAUGUUGCUACUUCGAAUGGGACGGCAAAUGGUUUAACAUCAGAAUUGGUAUCGGUUGCUCGCAGCGAUAUAAGCAGCAACGUGCCAAACUCUACGAGAAUAAAACACGAAAGCAAGGCUACCAGUGACGUUGCUCCUUCAGCAUCAGUAAAUGGCACAGCGUCAGCUCUUACCGCAGCACUUGCUGAUCACCGCAUAGUCACUAAUGAAGCAUUCGUUUUCCAGACGAAGCUCCGUGUUAGCAGCUCCGUUACGCGCAUUCCGCUUUUUCAGAUCAUACAAACGCGCACAUCAGCUCAUACAGACAGUUGGCUAGAUAUGUGCGCAGUGUGCGGCAGCGCUGGACUGUAUUGCGACUUUAUGUUUUGCGUGGACUGCGGCGAAGGAUUCCACUUGUUCUGUGUCCCCGGGAUGAAUAUGACUCGUUUAGAAGACAAUGAACAAAUGCGUGCGUAUUGGCGCUGUCCCAACUGCAAGAUGUGUGAGAUAUGUGGACAACCUGGUCCCGUUUGCGGAGCUAAUAGCAGUAUCGGUCACGUUGUUGCUACUGCUGGAAGCGUGAACAACCCAGUUCCUGCUACGCGUUUGGCUGGAGUGGAAACGGACAUGACACAUGAGCUAUCUGCGGAAGAGCCACUCGUUCUUUGUGCACAUUGUGAUCGUGGAUACCAUGGGUCAUGCCUAGAACCGUCGAUCAGCUUACCACCGGCUUCCACGAAGCGCGACGGGAGCGUAACAGUUCCAAUUAUUUACUGUUGCAGCUGUGUGAUCUGCACAAACUGUGAGGUCAUCAGAGGCGGUAGCAAUAAGUAUCUAGACUCCGAAAAGACGAAGAAAGACCACGUUGGGACUAUUGAGCGUACGUACAGUUUCGAGCGGAGUAAAAGUAUGGACUGCAGCAGCGCGCAAAAAAAGAAAGACGCAGAAAAGUGUCCGCUAUGUCAACGCAAGUGGGAUGCUGAUCUCACGGAACUUAUGCAAUGCGAUGCUUGCGAACGUUGGGUGCAUCCACCAUGUGAUGCGCUAUUAAAGGCAGAGCCAAAGCGCUAUGACACCCUGGUGAGCGAUCCCAGUGCACUAUAUGUAUGUGCAGCAUGUCGCCCACAAGAACGCAAGCAUCUUACUGGCAAAAUCUUUGACGGUGAAGGUUGGCGCUGUCAAAUAAUUAUUGCUGAUAUUCAGCGUAAGCGCUUUCAAUGUGAUUCAAGCUGGAAGGAAACUCAAAUGCAGUUGGAACAGGUCGAACGCUGGAAGCGUUUAGCUGAUCACACGCCCAUCUACCUGUACGUGCUGCGCUUGGGUGAAGAAUGUCUUCGUAACUUUGCGUAUCGUAGUCUCAACUUCCAAAGCGACUGGUACCAUUUCACGAAGCAACAGGAACUGGACGAUAGCAGAAUUGUAAUACCCGAAUGGCUUCUACGCAAAGCCAAUCGCUAUAUGCGGUUCAAGCGGUACGUGCGUGGGCCACGUGCAGCGGCACGGCGUCGCGAACGCAAAACGAAGAGCUUUUAUUCAAAGCAAGCCGUCGGUUUAAACACGCGCCAAGACGCAAGCGCCAUUUGCACAAUUGUUUCCGAGGCCGCCAGUUGUGCUGCUUUAUUGGCCUGUGUGCAUCUUCUGUAUGGGUGGCGUCCGCUUCCUGAGGUUGUCAUUCACUUGCUAUCAAGCGACGAGAACAGCAGUAUUGGAUUUGAGCAUCGGAAGCUAGAUGAGUCGCUCUUAAAGCGUUUGCGAACUGGCGAGAGUAUUGAUGGCGAAAAGUCAAAACCGAGAUUGGAGUUGGAAGAUGAAAUCGCCACCAUCAAGGAUCAAUACGAUUGUCGUGGAGCUAAGAGACAUCUUGUGCACGAAUCAUCGGUGGAACUUACGGUAUCUGGAUUCGAUGAUGUUGCAGCCAACGCUACAACCUCGACAGUAGCUAAAUCGAAGGGAGAAUCGGAAUCUUCUUUAACGAGGAAAAGCGACAUUUCGUUGGAGUCGGCAGGACCGACUUUAUUUACAACAGGAGUCAAUAUGAAUGCUAGCACCCUCGCUUCUAAUGUGCAUGAUUUGUCAGCAGUCCAAUCCACAAGAAGCCAUGGUGUUGUGGUUCAAAUGACAACUGCGUCUCCGCUGCGUGGUUGGCCAGCAAUGAGUGUUCGAGGUGACAACGACGGUGAGUCCUGGGAGACUUCAAUGACUAAAGCAUUCGAAGAUACCCGGUUUUGCGCGCUAUGUUUCAUGAUUGGCGAUAGCAGGGUGUGUGGACGUUUGAUAUACACCGAGCCCGAGACGUGGGUACAUGUGAACUGUGUGCUUUGGUCCAUGGAGGUAUACGAGGACGUGUCAGGUGUGUUGCAUAAGUGUAGUAAGUCAAAACACCGCAGUCGUCUCAUUCGCUGCGAUGCAUGCGGACUUAUGGGGGCUACUGUUGGCUGCACUGUUCCACGUUGCGCGACACACUAUCAUUUUCCAUGUGCAGUGGAUGCUGGGGUUUCCUUUUUGCCUACUGGUGAAACUUGCUGCCCAUUUACACCGCAUGUGGAUAUUGUGACUCGAAGACUAAGAGGUACUAAUGGAGUAUCGUUGGAAAUGGCAACUACACCUCAAAUCGGUAAGUCAUCCCUUGAAACUAAUCUACAAUUUACCCGUGGGAAUGGAGAUACUAGCACAACCAACGUGAUACUAAGCACGGAUAAUGGAGCGAGUGUAACAGUUGACACGAAUGGAACAGGAGACAUAAUAGAUCUAUCGAGCUUUACAGAGGAGAAAAGCAACGGAGGCAAUAGCCCGGAAGAUCCCGUUGGCAGUGGAUCUAAGACCUUAGUCUUGAGCGAAGAUGAUACCGAGUCGAAUGUACUACCUGCCACACCGGGCAGUGCCGGCAGUGCGGAGGUGUCUUUUGUUGACAUUAAAGACGAAAAGACAAGUGACGACGGGGCAUGGAAGCCUCAUCGAGAAGAGAUGAAGUUAAAUGGCGAACGCUUUGAGACAGUCACGAAGCAGACACAACAUGUGCUACCGGUAAUCAACCCUCUGCCAGAACCGCGAAGAAGCCUUUUCAGUGACCCACCACUUGUGUCAGUGUCGGACUUGAAGAAGAAGAGGCGUGCAGAACUUAAACGUGGCAUCAAGCCAAGGCCGAUGUGUUACCGCGUGGGUGCACUGACUGUUCAUUCUCUUGGACACAUCUUUGUCGGUAACGGAAGCUUUCAUACACGAACAGCUAUUUAUCCGCUGGGCUAUCGAAGCUCACGCAUCUUCUGGAGUACGCGUCACUUAGGGACGCGUUGUCUGUACGAGUGUGUGAUUUCUAGCACUGAGAUAGAAGCGCGACGCACCCGACGACAGAAGAAGCUGGAAAAUGGCGUGGCUGACAGCGAAGAAAUGGAAAACAAUGAGUACGAUCAACGGUGGCAAAGACCUCGGGCAGUGUUUAAGAUCACAGCUUCAGACGAUCGAGGACGGCCAAUUUUAGCUUCUACACCUGAAGACGCACUCAUUGAAUUGCGUAGCCGCGUGGUAUUACUUUAUGAAGAGCAGCGGGGAUUUUCUGCUAGCCCCCAACAAAUCGACCGAAGUACUACUAGGGAGACGGAACGAAAUCCGUUUUUGAAGCGCAGCUCGUGGCUUUCUUUUGCACUGAGUGGCGACUACUUUUUUGGCUUCGGGCUGCCUGAGAUCUCUCGUCACAUUGAAGAGCUCCCCUAUGCUGCUACUACAGCGGUCAGCCGCCAUUCUAUCGUGAGGAAGCUUCGCCAGCAACAGCAACGUCAGGGGCACAGCACGUUGGCUGAUUCAGCGGCAGCGACUUGGGGAUCUGGUACGCGAAAGCGAAGCCACGGCGUAAUGAAGCAAAGUGCUGCAAUUGCAGGCGAAGCGGUUUCGUCAAUGGUGGAAGACGCAGAGGAAGGGCAGUCGUAUGAGUUUGCACAUGAGCUUCCGUCUGCCGAGGCUUUCCAGACGGCUGAACGGGUGAUGGAGCAAGUAGUACAGGCUGAGCAGCGUGCUUGGCGAUCGUCCGGGUGCGCGCGGACCGAUGGCUUUGAGGGCAAUCGCUUGUUCGGCACACCAAAGAAAGCUAAAGCCAUGCCAAGGCGGCAAGCUUUCAACAAAGAAGCGAGCAACGAACCUAUGUCGGGGGCUGCAAACGGUGCGAGUAUUGGGAUUGGAAACACUAGCACUGGCGGAGUGACUAUGGACAUCGAGCACCUGCCGAUCACAAUGCAGUAUCGGGAGUUGCGCCGUCGCCCAUUUGAUGAACGUAUGUUGGUGCGCAAGUCGUCUAUUCAUGGCUAUGGUCUGUUUUUGAAGGAAUCUGUGAGCGAGGGCCAAAUGAUUGUCGAGUACCAAGGCCAAAUGGUUUGUCAAUCUGUGGCAGAUGAGCGAGAGCGGCGCUACGAAGAGCAAGGGGUCGGUAGUUGCUACAUGUUUCGACUGGACGAGAAAACAAUCAUUGACGCCACGCGAUGCGGUAACUUGGCACGAUUUAUCAAUCAUUCGUGCGAUCCCAAGGCUUUUGCACGUAUCGUCGCGGUGGAAGGUGGUGAGAAGAAGAUUGUGAUUUUUGCAAAACGUGCAAUCGCGGUGGGAGAUGAAGUGACGUACGAUUACAAAUUUCCAAUCGAAGACGAAGCCAUUCGCUGCGAUUGCAACGCUCCCAAUUGUAUUGGUCGCAUGAACUAG